AUGGUUGCUAGUGUACAAUCAUGGCCAGGUAACCCAAUGGUUGCUAGUGUACAACAGGCAAAUGCUGCAUCCAGCUCACCGGGACAGGUAGAUCAAAAACCAGAAAAGGUAGCAUAUUACUUCAAGAAUUCCAUGGACAAGAAUAUAAAUCAAGAUACAGGGAAGUUUACUAUCAAAACUCUGUCACCAAGGAAGUCACAGGUGGAACCAAACCUAAAGAACUGGACGGCAUUCAGAAAGGUUGGUUUCGAUCAAGCAUCGCAAAGCAAAGGGAACAAGAGAGAAGGGGAAUCAGCAGCCAGUGACGCUCCAGCCAGUACGGAGGCCCCUAACCCUGCCAAACCUCUGUCUACAAUAGAACAAGCCAUUAGUGAGGAGUCUGAGGAGGAAAAACCAGUACAGAAGAAACCGCCGGUCAACCUGAAGUUCCGUAACAAGAAGGAAGCAAUGGAUGCCUUCAAAUCAUUGUUGAAAGAAAAGAAAGUGCCGUCUAACGCAACCUGGGAGAACGCCAUGAAGUUGAUAGUAAAUGAUCCACGCUACGGGGCGUUGAAACAUCUAAAUGAGAGAAAACAAGCAUUUAAUGAGUACAAGACGCAGCGAGUGAAGGAAGAAAAGGAAGAAGCCAGACUUAGAGCCAAGCAGGCAAAGGAAGAUCUUGAACAGUUCUUGUUACAUCAUGAUAAGAUGACCUCUAGUGUUAAAUAUUGGAAAGCUGACAGUUUGUUUUCGGACUAUGAUGAAUGGCAAGCUGUUAAUGACCGGGACAGGAGGGAACUGUUUGAUGAUGUGGUACAUAUGCUUGAAAAACGAGAAAAGGAAGAUGCGAAGACACUGAGAAAGAGAAAUAUCAAAGUAUUUAACGAGAUACUGGACAGUAUGCCUACCUUGACUAACAGUACCACAUGGUCGGAGGCCCAACAGAUGUUAUUGGACAAUCCAAGAUUCACAGAGGACCCCGAUCUACAGAACAUGGACAAAGAAGAUGCCUUGGUAUGUUUCGAGGACCACAUCAGAAUGCUCGAACAGGAGAAUGACGACGAGAAAGAACGCGAACGACGGAGACUUAAACGACAACAGCGUAAAAAUCGUGAAGGUUUUCUUGUUCUCCUUGACGAGUUACACGAACAAGGACGUCUUAAUUCCAUGUCCCUCUGGAUGGACUUGUUUCACAUAAUAAGCAGUGAUAUACGUUUUCAGCACAUGCUUGGACAGCCAGGAUCUACUCCUUUGGACUUGUUCAAGUUUUAUGUUGAAGAUUUGAAGGCAAGGUUUCAUGAUGAGAAAAAGAUUGUCAAAGAAAUAUUGAGGGAUAGAGGGUUUAUGAUAGAAGUGAACACAACAUUUGAAGAGUUUUCAAACAUGAUCUCCGAUGACAAGAGGGCCAACACUCUAGAUACAGGCAACAUUAAACUGACAUAUAACAGUUUAAUUGAAAAAGCUGAAGCCAGGGAAAAAGAAAGAUUAAAAGAAGAGGCCAGAAAGUUGAGGAAAUUAGAGACAGCUUUUAAGAACAUGUUACAGGAGGCAACUCCAGCCAUAGAACAAGAUAAUAAAUGGGAAGAUAUUAGAACAAGGUUCGAGAAUGAGGCAGCAUUUGAGGCAAUCACGCUGGAGGCAGAACGUAUUAGAUUGUUUAAGGAGUUCCUAGUGGCUGUAGAGGAAGCGUGCAUGCACAGGCACCCAAAAAAGAGAAAAUCAAAGAAACACAAAAGCAGAAGAUCCAGAUCAAGGUCACGUUCAGGAGAUUACUCAGAAGAGGAAUCAUCAUCUCGCCAUAAAUCCAAAAAGAGGAGGAAGUCAAGGUCAAGGUCACCAAGCUAUCAUUCCCCAUCACCAGCUGAAGACAAAGAUGAGAAGUCCUCAAAGAAACACAAGAAGAAGUCCAAGAAAAAGAAGCAUAGAGGGGGUGGUUAUUCUUCGGGGAGUGACAUGAGCGAGGGAGAAUUAGAGAAACAAAGACGAUUAUUACUACAGCAGUUGGAGGCCCAUUCUUGAAUAAAAUGAUAUUCGUUGGCAACACCAUACACGCAUACAUUACUGUUUAAUACGACAAUGCUUGAAAUGAGUUUUAACAAUGAUUUAACUAUCGAUUAACUUACUAAGAAGUGCAUGUUGAAAAUUUAUAAUACAGAUAAUAUACAUACUGUACGGAUCAGAAUUUGGUAAUAAAUCUCUCUAAAUGCUCAGAAUAAUGUAUGAACAUUGGAUAUUGGAUAAAAACAUUACCAUGGAUACGAGUUUUCAAGCUUUUGCCAGAAGUUCAGAUUUCUUUUAUAUUCCUGAAAACACUUCUUUUUCUUAAUAAAAACCAAUGAAAAUAAUGUAACAAGAUAUGAGCCGCGUUAUGACAAAACCAACAUAGUGCGUUUGCGACCAGCAUGGAUCCAGACCAGCCUGCACAUCCGCGCAGUCUGAUCAGGAUCCAUGCUGUUCGCUAUUAGUUUCUCUACUUGUAAUAGUGUUGGUAAGCGAAUAGCAUGGAUCCUGAUCAGACUGUGCAGAUGGGCAGGCUGGUCUGGAUCUAUGCUGGUCGCAAACCCACUAUGUUGGUUUUGUCAUGACGCUGCUCAUAUGAUGAACCCAAAUCAUGUUUAGAGUCUCCAUCUGGCCUGAGGAUAGUGAGAAAUGAAAAAUGGUAUCAACUAUAUAUAAUAAAUAAAUUACCAACCCCGAGGUUAGCCAAAAUCAACUUUCCUAUUUAGGAGCCAUUAUGACUGAAGUUGUGUUGGUGCAUCGUAACACCAAACCAAAGAAAAACAUGGGUUAUAUACAUGUAUGUGUUAUUAAAUUGCUGAGAGUUAUAUGAGGUCAGAAAACAUAAUUUUAAGAUAAUCCUGAAAGUCAAUCUGUCUUAACAGAAUUAUUUUCAAACUACUGACUUGUUCUUGUUAUAUAUAAACUGAAAAAUAGUUUUAUGGACAAUUAUUUGUGAAUGGUAAAUUUGUGUUCAUGGUGAAUAAAUUGUUGUGGAUGUCACAGUUGCUUUGAUGUAUAAGUUGUAAUUUGUCCAAGGCUGGAAACAAUGAAUAAAUUUGGGAACAAAAUAAAA